UAUUUUAUUAAUUUACCGGAGGAGAAUCCUUCUUAUAGGCACUAGUUAAGGCCGGAAACAAUUUGACAGAUACUCCACUCAAUGUAUUUUUCCUGUAGAAAAUCGAUUUUCACCAUAACAGCUCUUCUAAGUCGACGAUUGAAUACACAAAAGUCACAGUUUAUAGCUGCUCAGCGAUCAUUUGGCUCGUUUCCUAAAUCCAAGAUGACUCUGAGCGAGACAAAUUCCCAAAAACUAUUACCGAAAAAGCCAGAGCAAAUGGAGCCAAUUCUGCGGUUAAACAAUAUCGAGAAAUCGCAGCAGGACACCCGCGACUACCGAGGCCUUCAAUUGGAAAAUGGCCUUAAAGUACUGCUCAUCAGCGAUCCAAACACCGAUGUGUCAGCUGCUGCACUCUCCGUUCAAGUGGGCCACAUGUCUGACCCACACAAUCUUCCCGGACUGGCUCACUUCUGCGAGCACAUGCUGUUCUUGGGCACGGAGAAGUAUCCGCAUGAGAAUGGCUACACGACAUACCUCUCGCAGAGCGGUGGCAGCAGCAACGCCGCCACCUAUCCCCUCAUGACGAAGUACCACUUCCACGUGGCACCGGACAAGCUUGACGGAGCCUUGGAUCGCUUUGCCCAGUUCUUUAUUGCUCCACUGUUCACGCCCAGUGCCACAGAGAGGGAGAUCAAUGCAGUCAACUCGGAGCAUGAGAAGAAUUUGCCCAGCGAUCUGUGGCGCAUCAAACAGGUGCAUCGGCACUUGGCCAAGCCGGAUCAUGCGUAUAGUAAAUUUGGUAGCGGCAACAAGACCACGCUCUCCGAAAUACCCAAGUCCAUGAACAUUGAUGUGCGCGAGGAACUGCUUAAAUUCCACAAAGAGUGGUACUCGGCCAACAUAAUGUGCCUGGCUGUCAUUGGAAAAGAAUCCCUCAACGAACUGGAGAGCAUGGUCAUGGAGAAGUUCUCUGAAAUUGAGAACAAAAGCGUGGCGGUGCCAGAAUGGCCACGUCACCCGUAUGGAGAGGAUCGUUACGGACAGAAGGUGAAAAUAGUCCCCAUCAAAGAUGUUCGCUCGUUGACAAUCAGCUUUACCACAGACGAUUUAACAAAGUUCUACAAAUCGGGCCCCGACAACUAUUUGACACACCUUAUCGGCCACGAGGGAAAGGGAAGCAUAUUGUCUGAGCUGCGACGGCUGGGCUGGUGCAAUGAUCUAAUGGCCGGACAUCAGAACACACAAAACGGCUUUGGGUUCUUUGACAUAGUGGUGGACCUAACACAGGAGGGCCUGGAGCAUGUGGAUGAUAUUGUGAAUAUUAUAUUUCAGUAUUUGCGCAUGCUGCGCGAAGAGGGUCCCAAGAAGUGGAUAUUUGACGAAUGCGUUAAGCUAAAUGAAAUGAGGUUUCGGUUCAAGGAAAAGGAACAGCCGGAGAAUUUGGUCACGCAUGCUGUGUCCUCCAUGCAGAUAUUUCCCUUGGAAGAAGUUCUCAUUGCACCAUAUUUGAGCAACGAAUGGCGGCCAGAUUUGAUUAGCGGUCUACUGGAUGAGUUGAGGCCCUCCAAAAGUCGAAUUGUAAUUGUUAGCCAAAGCUUUGAGCCGACCUGUGACCAGGCAGAGCCCUACUACAAAACCAAGUACGGAUUGGAGCGCAUACCCACGGAUAUUGUGCAAAGCUGGGAAAAGUGUGAUCUGAAUGAGAACCUCAAACUGUCACUGCCAAACAGCUUUAUACCAACCAACUUCGACAUUGCCGAUGUUCCAAGCGACGGACCCAAGCAUCCGACCAUUAUCCUGGACACGCCCAUUUUGAGGGUGUGGCACAAGCAGGACAAUCAGUUUAACAAGCCCAAGGCGUGCAUGCGGUUCGAUAUGUCCAAUCCGCUUGCCUCCCUGGACCCACUCAAUUGCAAUUUAAAUCAUAUGAUGGUUAUGCUCUUAAAGGAUCAGCUCAACGAGUAUCUGUACGAUGCGGAAUUGGCAAACUUAAAACUGAAUGUUGUGGGAAAAUCAGGUGGCAUUGAUUUCACGAUUCAUGGUUUCAGUGACAAGCAAGUAGUGUUGCUGGAGAAACUGUUGGAUCACUUAUUUGACUUUCGCGUGGAUGAGAAACGAUUCGAUAUAUUGAAGGAGGAAUAUGUGCGUUCACUGAAAAACUUUAAGGCCGAGCAGCCGUAUCAGCAUUCCAUCUACUAUUUGGCUUUGUUACUGACAGAAAAUGCCUGGGCGAAUGUUGAGCUACUGGACGCUAUGGAACUUGUUACCUACGAUAGAGUCAAUAACUUUGCCAAAGAGUUCUUCCAACGCCUGCACACAGAGUGCUUUAUUUUCGGUAAUGUGACCAAGCAGCAUGCCACCGAAGUAGCUGGUCGCGUCAACACACGCUUGGAGGCCACCAAUGCCUCUAAACUACCCAUUCUAGCCCGCCAGAUGCUCAAGAAGCGAGAGUAUAAGCUUUUAGCUGGCGACAGCUAUCUUUUUGAAAAGGAGAACGAGUACCACAAGAGCUCCUGCACGCAGCUUUAUCUGCAAUGUGGCGCACAAACGGAUCACACAAACAUUAUGGUCAAUCUAGUGUCUCAGGUGCUGUCCGAGCCCUGCUACGACUGUCUGCGGACCAAGGAACAGCUCGGGUAUAUUGUCUUUAGUGGCGUCCGUAAGGUAAACGGUGCCAAUGGUAUACGCAUCAUUGUGCAGUCGGCAAAGCAUCCGACAUUUGUCGAAGAUCGUAUCGAGAACUUCCUACAGACGUAUCUGCAAGCCAUUGAGGACAUGCCUUUGGAUGAAUUCGAGCGUCACAAAGAAGCGCUGGCCGUUAAGAAGCUUGAGAAGCCGAAGACCAUAUUCCAGCAAUUCAUCCAGUUCUAUGGCGAAAUAGCCAUGCAAACGUAUCACUUUGAGCGAGAGGAGGCCGAGGUCGCAAUACUCCGCAAGAUUUCAAAGUCCGACUUUGUGGAUUAUUUCAAGAAAUUCAUAGCUAAGGACGGGGGCGAGCGUCGCGUUCUGUCCGUGCACAUUGUGUCCAAGCAAACGGACGAGAAUGUGUCUGAGCCUAAGGAGGAAGAGCCACUGGAGAUCACAAAUAUGGAGCGUCACAAGUGCAUCAGCGACAUUGUAGCCUUCAAGUCGUGCAAGGAACUAUAUCCGAUCGCAUUGCCAUUCCUCGACAUCAAGGCCAAGGGUGCACGCAGUAAACUGUGAGCGACCCCGAAGUUUGUUCAAUAUAAACUUAUAGUACGUGGUUUUGGUCUCUCUUUGAUUUAAUAUCUGAACCGAAUAAAAUUUUGUUUCUGUCAUUCAUAAAUACAA